GGCUUGUGUUGCCAUCAUAGUUACUAAAUUUUUGACUUGGGGAAUUAUCUUUAAAAAAAAAACAGACUUUAUAAUGUUGACUCAACAGAAUAUUUCUAUGCACUGGGAUCAAAUCUGGAAAAUUAGCGAGACAGACAAAGAUAGCGAAUCAAAAAUCAUCAGGCGUUACUUAUUUCUUAUUGUAGACAAGAACAUAUGACUUUCCACUAACAAAUGCGCAAACGACACUAAAAAUUAUUGUUACAUUACCCCGAGUACUCCAGACUGAAGAUUGGUUCCACCGACUCGCCGAGCGUUUCUACCAAGAACAAGACGGAGUGGAACUCAAAAUUCGCGAUCCGGAACCCAAAAUUUCGCAAUCCGAACGUACCGAGAAUCGCCUGGAGUGCUUAUCGAUCGCACUCUCUAAAUGAAAAAUCAAUCAGCUGACUCUCUCUGUCACAACAUUGGUCACAACAUUUGAAGUUCCAUGUCAACCAUGUCAACCAAGAAAAAUUAAUAAACCAAAAACAAAUAAUGGAAACAAAACAAGGACAACAACCCUCGAGCAGCCCAAAUAAUAUAGGAAAAAUAUCCGGGACUUGCUGUCAAACUAGGAAGCUCAAAAUAGCCCCAAAACAAUUCCAAAUAUAUGCAAAAAAAUGCAAACGAUCCCAAGCACCUCUGACCUGCGUGAUGUCACGACAGGCAGUACCCAGUACCAACGUCGAAGCCCACCUGCACGUCAAUCUCGCAUUGAUGCCCAUUAGGAACCCGGAGAACGACAAAGUCAUUCUAAUGAUAGGAAUGGGAAUAAUAUCGAUAUAACUUCAGUGAAAGAAGACGUUAUUCAAUAGAAUUUUGUUAGUAAAUUAGAUUUUCUAAUAAAUUUUUCUUCUUCAGCCUUA